CAGAUCAGUCGCCGAGGCUUUUGGUAUGCCAGAAUCAUCGUUGAGAAAACGUCUGAAGAGAGGUGAACCUGCUACUAAAUUGGGUAGAUACGAAACAACAUUUACGGAACAAAUUGAAGAAGACUUCUGUAAUUAUUUGAAACUUCUAGAUGAUAUGUACUUUGGCUUGACAGCAAAACGUUUGAGAGAGUUAGCUUUUGAAUUCGCCGUCGCGAAUAAUAUACCACAUAGGUUUAACACAGACACAAAAUUAGCAGGCAAGGGAUGGUUAAGAGGGUUUCGAAGCCGUCAUCCAGAAAUAUCGUUGAGACAACCAACGUCAACUAGCAUUGCUCGUGCUAUGGCGUUUAACCGGCCACAAGUUGAGCGGUUUUACAUCAAUCUUAUGGUGUUGCAAGAUAGAUACAAUUUUCCGCCCCACCGUAUUUUUAAUAUGGACGAGACUGGCUUCACCACUGUGCCUAAUAAACCUUCAAAAGUUUUGAGCACAAAAGGAAAACGGUCAGUGAGUAAAAUAUCUAGUGCAGAGAGGGGAGUCAACAUUACAGCCGUGAAUGCUAUGAGUGCAUCGGGUGUUUAUGUCCCACCAGCAUUUAUAUUUAAGCGCAAAAGAAUGAAGCCCGAGCUUUUAGAUGGCGCACCAGCUGGGUCCAUCGGUAUGAUAUCCGACUCCAGUUAUAUAAAUUCGGAUCUUUUUCUGGAUUGGUUGUCACAUUUCAAAGAUUAUACAACGCCAACGAAAGAAAACCCAGUAUUACUAAUUUUGGACAACCAUGUGUCACAUUGCACGAUUAGAGCUAUUAAUUUUUAUCGUGACAACCACAUCCACGUAUUGACUUUGCCUCCUCAUACUAGUCACAAAAUCCAACCACUUGACUGUGGAUUCCACACAGUCUUGAAAAAAUACUAUGCCAAUGAAUGCGAAAAAUGGCUGCGCAACCAUCCCGGUAGGGCGAUCACUGUUUUCCAAAUGGUGGCAAUUUGUUCCCCUGCUUACCUCAAAGCUGCAACUUUAGCGUGCGCAGUUCAGUGCUUCAAAGUCACUGGUAUAGUGCCUUACGACCCAGAUGUCUUUACUGACGCAGAUUAUUUAGCAAGCUCAGUAACUGAAAGAAAACGAGGUGAUGAUAACGCUGAAAGUGCCACUGAUGUGCCAUUAGUCGAUUCUGGAGCAUCGAUUGUAUCAGAGGCAAUACCACAAACCUCACGCAGCCCCUUAAUGGAUUUAACAAAUGUGGGAGGUCCUACAAACUCAUCAGUGAUUUCAACCGAACAUUCGGCUGCAAACGAAUCACCAAUGCAGCCAACUGAAGUCUCUUCACAUAAUACAAAUUCUGCUACAACUGGAAAGCCCAAAACAAUAAUGGAUAUUUGUCCCAUCCCCAAGGCCCAGCCAAGACCAGUCCCUCAACGAAAACACAAAAAAUCUGACAUAAUUAGUAGUUCACCGUAUAAAAUUGAAAUCGAAAAGCAAGAAGCACAAAAGAAACCUAAACCUAAACUGAAAAUUGACAUUCACACUUUUUCCUUGAUACAUUUCGAAGUCUACUAAGUAACCGCUCGGUUUAUUCAAGCACCAAACCUUGAAGCCAAACCUCAUUGGUUUACCGCGUAUGUACUGUUUGCAACCAUGCCUUCCAAAAUACUCCACCAUUGGGGUACAAAAUUGUGUAAACUUACCUGGAAACAGAACUCCUGAGUGAGCAAUACUAGGGACGGUAUUCUGUUCCAUAAUAUUUUGCGGGUUCAUGAAAUUUAGACUUAAAUAUUUUUUUUGUCUUCGAAGUUAAAUCAUUGGUGUAUUUGUUUAACGCUUUCAACGUAGAAUAGGAUGCAUUUUUCUUUGAAUUGUUUAUGUUCUAGCUCAGUCAUCCUCCCCACAAAAUCUUCUUUCAUUAAUACUCGUAAUGAAGUAGUAUUACCACCCAGGUAUACUUGAUCAAGAGGUAGAUGCUUUUCUCUUAGUUCGAAAUCCACAUUUAAUAUUUUUGUCUCUAAAUCCAAGCUCUUGUUUUUCUCAUCUUUAGUCAGUUGUAGCAAAUUUGGUGUAAUGAAGCAGUCCAAGAUAGUUUUGUAUAUCAUAAAAAUCCGUUCAUAUAACAAAUAAAGUUUAGGACUUUCUGCUUGCAUUUCUUUGUUAAUAUCAUGGAAAUAGGGCAACACAUAAUCCAAGAAAUUGAGAUAUAACUCUGUUGAUGGAUUCAUACAUUUUUCAAGGAUUUUCUGAGCUGCAAGUAGCCUAUCAUUCAAAACUAUACUUUGGAAAUAUAACUUUAAAGCUGAAAGCUGUUCCAAUAGCCUUUUUACUACUGGAAGUAGAGACAGCCAUCUUGUCUGUGCGGGGUGUAACAGUCUAUGAGGUUUCACUUCGACAAAGCACUGGAAUUCUUUAUAAUCACCCUGACAUGUAGAUUAUAUAUAUAAUUGUACAAAUCCCUUGCAAAGUGCUCUACACCCCUAGGAAGAGUUUUACAUAAGCAUAUGAAGCACACAGGUAUGAUGAUAUUGAUCUCCAAAAAAAAAAAGCGCUGGUGGCCUAGCGGUAAGAGCGUGCGACUUGCAAUCCGGAGGUCGCGGAUUCAAACCCCGGCUCGUACCAAUGAGUUUUUCGGAACUUAUGUACGAAAUAUCAUUUGAUAUUUAUCAGUCGCUUUUCGGUGAAGGAAAACAUCGUGAGGAAUCCGGACUAAUCCCAACAAGGCCUAGUUUACCCUCUGGGUUGGAAGGGCAGAUGGCAGUCGCUUUCGUAAAAAUUAGUGCCUACGCCAAAGAAGAUGUCUGUGACUUUUAGAACUUAUUCUAGAAACAUUCUAGACUAGUACUUUUAUACAAUUGUUUUUUUUUGUCUGACAAUAUUUUAUGAAAUUCUUAGUAUUAAACGUGAUAUAUGAAUUAUAUUCAUUAGUAUUAUAUAUGCAAUAAUAUUUACAUCAAUAAAUUGUUCUGAUAAUUAGUUUAAGAUAAUAAUAUGUAAUACUGUCUUACUAUUCAUAAAUGCUUGUUGCUAGGCCGUUAUGUGUUUAAUCUAGACUUAUCCGUGGGCACAGAAAUAAGCAUAACUUGCAAAGAUAAGUUGCCGAAACAAUUUGCGCUAGCGAAGCUAUUGAAAAGUCAUGAUAUUCUAGGUAUCAUUAGAGUCAGGUACGUUAAUCCAUAUAAAGUGCUUGUCCAAUUUGAUAAUUAAACCAGCGCUGAGCGGCUUAUUUCCACGGUUGCUAUACACGAGUUGUUGGGCUGGCGGUGUCAAAAAACAUACGAAGUUGGUGUUUCAUAUGGCAUUAUAAAAUAUGUGGAUUUAGAUUUAAAUGAAAAAGAUAUGAUAGAAAGUAUGACAUGCGGAGUAGAAAUAGUUUCGGUAAAAAGAUUAAGUAGAAAAAGUUCGGAUGAAUCAGGAUGGAAGGACAGUGAGACCGUGAGCUUUUAACUUUCAGAUCGCUGAUGUAAACUGCAGGUUGCUGCACGUAAAUGCGCAGUACCCGGGAAGACUACACCACCAAUUCAUUGCGCCGGCUAUACGAUCUUAGAAUCGGAUCGUAUUAUCUGCUGGGUAAGUUUAUAAAUUAUUUUAUACAGAAACAUGCUUAUUGAGAGCGGAAAAUUAUUAAUUUGGUUACACAAUUUCAGGAGAUUCAGGUUACGGACUGGAGCCAUGGCUUAUGACUCCAGUCCUUAACGCUGCACCGGGGUCCGCGGAGGAGCGCAUGGCACUGCCAGGUCCGCAACAUCAUCGAGCGGACCAAUGGCUAUUUGAAGGGGUCACUGCGGUGCUUGGGUUUGGACCGGUCUCUACAUUAUAGCCCUGAAAAGUCCUGCCGCCUUAUCUAUGCGUGUUGUACCAUUUACAACAUAAUGAAACAUUUUAGGGUGGAAAUGGACGAACCGUUGGAAGAACCCGUCCAACAACACAGGCCGGAGCCAGUACCACAGGCGGCACUUUAUCAGGCCGCUUUGAACAAAAGAAAUCAACUCAUCUUUACUUACUUUAAUUAAGAUUAUUUAACUUUUAGAAUUAUAUUUUCAUGUUGAUUUCAA